GCCAAGUCUAGAUCUAAGUGUGUUUAGAAUGAAGCUGUCUGUGUUUAUCUUUACAAUGAACCAGUUUUCUAAGACUUCGUAACAGAGAUGUCUAGAAAUGUCAUCGAUUAUUUCUAUAUUCAAAAGAAAUGAUUCGCCGAUUGACCCUCCUGUAAUAAAAGAAUUCAGAUUGACCAGCAAAGUGAGAAUUAAUGAGUCAUUAACUUCAGCAGAAAAUAUCCAGAAGCUCUUCUCUACAAGUAGUACAAGUCUUGGCAGAAAGCACAUAUCGCAAGGUUUACCUUUAUCUACACCAAAUACAGGGCAAGAUCGGCCUGCAUGGGGACGACACCUGGAGUUUAUCGUCACCUGCAUUGGAUUCGCCGUAGGCCUUGGGAAUAUCUGGAGGUUUCCACACCUGGCUUACUCCAAUGGCGGCGGUGUAUUUCUCAUUCCAUACACAAUCAGUUUGUUCGUCCUCGGUAUACCACUCUUCUGUCUUGAAAUUCUGUUUGGACAGUUCGCCAGUCUAGGGCCCAUCACAAUAUGGGAGAUCAAUCCUUGUUUCAAAGGUCUUGGCUACACGAUGGUCAUCCUGUCCGGAAUCAUUUCCAUUUAUUACAACGUGGUAGUGGCCACGGCCAUCUUCUAUUUCUUUGCGUCCAUGCAGAGCCAACUGCCGUGGUCCAGCUGUGGGAACUACUGGAACACCUGCAGCUGCAGGGCUCGCAACAUGACCACGGAACUGACCGAUUCACUCGUGUGGUAUCAUUCCAAUGGACUUAAUUGUAGCGGGCUUAAUUUGUCUGUUCUCCAAGUGUCGAGUCCUAGUGAGGAAUACUUCUACAGAUAUGUCUUGAAUAUGUCAAAAGGUAUCCAUGAACCUGGGAAAAUCAAAUGGGACUUGACGUUGUGCAACUUGCUGGCUUGGAUCAUCAUCUGUUUAUGUCUGAUCAAAGGCGUCAGCACUAUGGGCAAAGUGCAAUAUUUCUUCGCUCUAUUUCCCUACGUCCUCUUAACUGUGCUCCUAGUCAGAGGCGUGACACUGGAGGGCGCCAAUGAGGGCAUCAAAUAUUACCUUACUCCCAAAAUUCACAAACUUUACGUUGCAAAGGUCUGGCAGGAUGCAGCAUCCCAGAUAUUCUUUUCUCUUAGCUGCUGCACCGGAAGUCUGACUGCAAUGGCCAGCUACAACAAGUUUGAGGACAACGUCUUGAGAGACAGUAUACUUAUUCCAAUCAUCAACUGCCUGACAAGUUUCUAUGCCGGAUUUGCAAUUUUCUCAAUCUUGGGAUUUAUGGCCAAUACCAAAGGAGUUGACAUUGAACACGUCACUACAGAAGGUGCUGGUCUAGUCUUCGUGACCUACCCUGAGGCACUGUCUGAACUUCCGUUACCCCAGAUCUGGUCCAUCGCAUUCUUUUUUAUGAUGAUAUGUCUUGGACUAGGAACACAGUUCCCCAGUGUGGAGACAGUAAUAACAGCACUCCAAGACGAGUUUCUCUUCUUCAGAAAGCCUCGUGUCGCUACAAUUUUCAGAAUUUUGGUUUGCGCUCUUGGAUUUCUGCUGGGGAUCCCAAUGACAACUUACGGAGGUUAUUACGUUUUGCAGCUUCUUGAUACCUUUGUCGCGAUUCCUUUGCUACUUGUUGGGUUUUUCGAGAUUUUCGCCAUAAUCUGGUUAUACGGUUAUAGAAGAUUCUCUGAGGAUGUGUUAUUGAUGUUUGGUCAUUCAAGCGGGACUUAUUGCCUUUUUUACUGGUAUUACAGCUGGAAUUGGGUCUUCAUGACUCCUGUCGUAUUACUGGCUAUAUUGACAUUCGACCUUGUGCGAUACCAGCCCAUCAUAAGCGACGCGUUCCCCUUAUGGGCUGAGAUACUUGGGUGGACAAUUGUACUACUGAUCGUCAUCUGGACCCCGUUGUGGUACAUCAUCAAGGCAGUUUCUUUGUGCAGAAGUCAACGGAACACCGGCACGAGGAAAACAUGUUGCGAGAUGUGCAGAGAGAUCAAUCAGCCGACAGAUAAAUGGGGGCCCAGAAACAGCAUGGAUCGCCUGCUGGAAAGAUAUCAACGGAUACGAUCUGACGCCAGCUCGGGCAGAAGUGGCCUGUUUAUCAAUCCGCCUUCUUUCAAGUCCAGCACCUCAAGCGCUUACCUGCCCAAGGCGAACUUCGCAGUGAGAAACAGCUUAGCGGUCAGUGAGCCGUUGUAUCUCUACGACGAUGACCUGAGCCAGCGUAAUUAGAAUGACUUAAAGUUACGUCAGGAGAAGACGUCAUCCCAUAUUGACUUAUAACACCAAGUCCACACUGAAUAAUAUAGCUACAUAGUGGUGUUGAUAUUUUAAUUAUAAAUUAUUUCUAUUGA